AUGGUUUUUUUCUGUGCUCACUCAAGGGAAUCCAGUAGUGAUUCAGAAAAUGAAGUAGAGGAAGAACGUAUCUGUGGCAUUCCUCCUAAACUGUUUGAUGCAAUCGAGGAUGGAUUUUCCAAAUUAGAAAAGGAUGUUUAUGGAAAUAACUUUGCCGAUCACAAUGAAGUUGAUGAAGAAGAAGAAGAGCAGAUUACUUUGACCGACUGUGACGUUUAUGACGAAGCGCGAAUGCUUGCGAAAAGAAACUGUUCGGAGCCAAUCGAGUGCAAAGGUUUUGCUUGUGCUAGUCGUAAAUGGAGACACAUUAGAGGAAAAUUACCUACAUACUACAGGAAAGCAGCAUUUCAACUUGCCUCAGACCCCUUGGAAGUUUGGAAGGCUAGUGUUUCUGAAGACAAGGAGUCACAAUUAGUCUCGAACCCUACAAUCUCGGCUGCGGGUGCAUGUGCACAUGCAAAAUGUCCGAAACGAAAAGUCGCUGUAGUGUGUAUUCUAAAACCUUGGAUCCUGGACAAUGAAGAAACGACGAACUCCCUUGACUAUUCUUCGUAG